UGUAUAUUUAAGAACCGACGGACUUGCUUACAUGAUGAACAAAAACUCAACAGUUGAGUAUCAGACUGUCCUCCAACAAGCAUUUUGGAGACUUGGGGUCAAUUUGCAACCAAGGGUUCCAACAAAAGCUGUAUGUUUUGAGCAACUUCAACUAAGAAAUGAAAUAGUAACUUUCAUGAAUCUUAGAAGUCAGAUCCAUCGCUGGGAGAUGCAGAAUGAGGCGGCCAACGGUUCAUCUUUUCAUGAUGGUUCACACCGCGAAACAACAGGAACAUCUAAGCGUUUGCAUUGUGAAGAAGAUCUGGAUUGGAUUCCGGGUAAAACAGAUUCUGGAGGGGCAAGAACUAGUAAAAAGGAUCGAAAGAGCAAGGCGUCAGGACAAUGUAAAAAAGCUUCAUCAACAGCUCAAUCAAAAAGAAAGAGAUAAUAAAGGCCUCAGAUCUGUAGCUCCCUAGUGGCAACCGGAAUGAAUGUUAAGAUCUCUAGUGCUCUUUUGAUAGGAAUAAUGCAUCUUGUGGUGAUCAGCACUGAACUCAACUUCUAGCAAAAUUCUGAUUGUGGUUACUUUAGUUUGGAAAAUUAUUGCUAGUUUUUCUUUCAUGUUCAGUGCUAAAUGGAGCAAUGAGGUUUGCAUCUUCAACAAAUACCGGUCACCAGGUGUUAGUGACUAACCAAGCUUAUUAAGAUUUGUGUAUAAUUAGGUUUAGGAGUUGUGAAUAUUCCAGAAGUUUGCAGAUGCUUAUGUUAUCUGUCAAAAUACCUUAAAUCUCAAAGCGAUUAUUGGUUUGUUUAGAGAAGCUGACAGAACAAUUGACAAGU